UAAAGUCCAGAGUCCAAGUAGACAAAACAGACCAACUAGUUGUCUCUUUACAACAACGUUAACAACAAGAAGAAAGGAAGGAAGGAAGUGGGGAAAAAAGCUCAUCUUCAUAGAACCACAGAAGUUCUUUCCUUGCAUUAUGGAGUAUAUCAAUGCUUUGGUGCCUACAACUUUGAUAAAGUCAGUUUCGAAUGCAGGUUCAGAACUCACCCGGCGAGUCUGGUCCCCUAGCCCUCCACCACAGCGUCCCUUCCGUGUCUGCGACCACAAACGCAACAUCCGCAAGGGGUUGAUGGCAGGGACCUUGCAUGAGUUGUUGGUGAAAGCAAGAGAGACAUUGCUGGUGUCAGGCAUCAUGUCCUUGGUGUUGGAGGAGGACGGCACUUUGUUGGAGACUGAAGAGUUUUUCGAGGCCUUGGAGGAUAACACAACCGUGAUGGUGCUAGAAAAGGGCCAGAAGUGGAGUCACAGCAAGGGAGGUGGUCGGUCAUAUGCACUAAGUGGUGAAAAGCCCCGAAACAGCCGGGACAUUGCCCGCAUCACGUUCGACAUCUACAAGCUCAACCCGCGUGACCUCUUUGGCAGUCUUAACAUCUCAGCCACAUUCUAUGGGCUUUACUCCAUGAGUUGUGACUUCAAGUGCCUGGGACCCAAAAAAGUGUUGAGGGAGAUCUUAAGGGUGACCUCCUCCGUCAUGCAAGGCAUUGGGCACAUCCUUCUGGGUGCCUCUCAUUAUAUCCGUCGCCUCUUGGACGGUGGAGACACCUCGCAUCAUCGUGCCAGGCUGCGUGUCUACGAAGACUGAAACCUUUCUACCAUCCAACACAGAAGUGAGAUUCUUUCCUGCAAUGCGCUCCACCCACGGCUGGCCAAAGCUCCAGGUUACCACCCAUCUGGGGCCACCAAUUAAAUGGGUGCAAUCUCAGAGGACCUCAAACUAGGGACUUGCUUUACUCUUCCUGCUCCCUUAUACUAAAAGAGGGCACCAACAAGCUCAAUAAAUGGUGGCUAUAGUAGCUUCAAACAA